AUGUCUACAGAAGAAAAAUUCAUGUCGUGGAGUACCUACUUUGACAUAACACCGCCAGAAGAAUAUAACUUCCUAGAUUUUUACAAACACCGGUCGAAACAAACAGAUUUUACUUUCUCUUUUCGAAAAGAGUCGUACCUACUAAAAAAAGAUCUUCAUAAACUAUUGAAGAAUGGCUCAGAGACAAUGAAGAAGGUUGCCAUUCGGUUGGGGAGGCUGAACAAGAUUUUAAUGGCUACUCCACGCGCUGGUCAUUACUAUCAUGUCCUAUUUGUACUGCAUGUUGAGGGACAUCGUAAAUAUUUUAAAGACGUUAAUAUGCUUUGGAAUCAAAUUGAGAGACAUCGUGCUGAGUUCGAGGCCUCUAGUUCGAUUAUGCGAGAUACCACUGAAGCGUUCAAAGAUUCCAUCGUAAAUAUCAAUUCCUCUAUCAAGAAUGUAAAUAGCAUAAUGCUCAAAUGUAAUGAAGAGCUUAAGGGUACUGAAAAUUCUGAAAAUGCAGAGUGUGUCUUAGGAAAAAGACGUGGUACUGUGUCAGAUGGUCAUGAUUCUUUGACUGAAAGUGAUGGCAAUGAGUCCCCUUGUGAAAUGGCAAUCAAACGAAGAAUGAUUCAGAAUGCUUCACCAUCAUUGAUUUCAAUAAUGGAGAAGUAUCGUGUAAAGCAAACCACUUCGAAAUUUGAUUUGGCAUACAGCUUUAUCCUGGAUCUUACACCCAAGUCAAAAAUAGAAGGAGAAUUUGGGCCAAAGUUAUGGGCAGAGCUCAUAGCUGAUCGACCUGUCAUAGCCAAAACCGAAUAUCAUAAAGAAAUUGAAUCCAUUUGCAAUCACCUAUUUAGUCCUCUUUGUAAAAAAGUAAGAUAUAUUUGGAAAUUUGAAUAUUUUGUUACGAAUAUUUAUGCGUUUGUGAUAUUUACAGAAACAACCGAAACUUAUGAAUCUCGUAAUAAAUGGAAGAACUUAAGAGAUUUAAAGGCACCAGAAUAUAAUGAUGAUUUUUCAUACGAAAAGGAAGACUGGGAGAAGAUUUUAUAUUGGGCGGAACGCGCUGUUGCACCAUUUCUCGAUGCUUUUGAAUCUGAAUAUAAUCCUAUACAACAACAUGAUUGUGGAGAAAGGGAGUGGUUCGGGGAUUAUAUCAUUCCCAUAUUUAAAGAAGCUCUGAAAUUGAAUACUUUUUGUCGUGUUCCGUGCAGAUUAGUGUGCAAAAUUAAUCAACAAGAAAUUGUUUGUGGGUUGGGUUGCGGUGGUCCUCAUAAAUAUGAUCUUACAAAAUGGGGCUCUGAUGAGUAUCAACUUCCAAGGAUGCUCAAAGACAUGUUAGAUGACAUUAGAAAAAAUUCGAAGUAG